CUCACCGCCGUAUCCAAUUCAUUGUCUCGCCGGCGAGAAACAUGUUUUCUAUGAAUUUUCAAACUUUUAAUAUCGGCCAUUGAAAAUUUUAGUGGCCACGUGUUGAAGAUCUGUGGUAGUGACUAGAUAACCGGACACAUAUAAAACUGUAGCAGAUCCAUACACGGCCGAGAGGAACGUUGUCUCUAGAAACUACGGGCACCCUUUCGUUGCAUCAUUCAUAACCUUGUUGCCACUGUAGCGAACAGAAACCCAGAAAUUGUUCCAAGAAAACAAUGAAUUCUGAAAAUGGCUACGAAAACCACAAUCAACCGCAACCGCAACCGCAACCUACUGGUGAAAAUGUCGCAGAAGUUGGAUGGUACGUUCUUGGAGAAAAUCAACAACAGCUUGGCCCUUAUAUCUUCUCUGAGGUGCAAGAGCAUUUCUUAAAUGGAUACCUAUCCGAAAAUACACUUUUAUGGUCUGAAGGAAGAACUGAAUGGCAGCCUUUGUCUUCAAUUUCUGAAUUAUGGGAUGAAAUUAGUCGCCGCGAACCUGAUUCUUCUUCAACUGCAGUUUAUGCUGAGGCUGAAGAUGUGGACGAGUUUGAAAAAUGGCAAAAGGAGAUUAAGGAGGCUGAGGCACAAGUGGAAGCUUCAGAAUUCGGUGGUGGUGGUGUAGGAGAAGACGUUGAGAGACCUUCAACACCGCCUGAUGGUGAAGAAGAAUUUACCGAUGAUGAUGGGACAUAUAAGUGGGAUAAGAGUCUUAGGGCAUAUAAGCAGGUUCCUCAGGACGAGGCCACGUCCGGUAGUGCUUUGCCUUAUGGGGUUGAAGAGAUGACCUUUUUGAAAGAAGAGGAAGUUUUUCCGAUAGUAACUGAUUCUGAUGCCUCUAAAAUUGUUGAAGAUAGUUCAAAAUCGAGUGUUUCUGCAACUUCCAUAAAGGAAGAAACAACUGAAGCAAAAAAUACCAGUGUGGUAGCUGUUGGGAAGAGGAAGCAUUCAGAUAAACCAGAAGAAAAGAAGGAAGCUAAUAAACCUCCUGACAGUUGGUUUGAAUUAAAGGUCAAUACACAUGUUUAUGUCACUGGGUUGCCUGAGGAUGUUACUAUUGAUGAAGUUGUGGAAACAUUUUCCAAGUAUGGAAUUAUAAAAGAGGAUCCAGAAACCAAAAAGCCCCGUGUUAAGCUCUAUGUUGAUAAAGAGACAGGAAGAAAUAAGGGAGACGCAUUGGUUACAUAUCUUAAGGAACCAUCAGUGGCUCUAGCAAUCCAACUUUUGGAUGGUGCGCCUUUUCGGCCUGGUGAUAAGAUUCCGAUGUCUGUCUCCCUGGCUAAAUUUCAGCAGAAAGGAGAGAAGUUUGUAUCCAAGCAAGUAGACAAAGACAAUCGACGGAAAAAGAAAACGAAAAAGUUGGAAGACAAAAUGCUUGGAUGGGGUGGUCGUGAUGAUUCAAAAGUUUUAAUUCCAACAACUGUUGUCCUUCGCUAUAUGUUCAGUCCUGCUGAAAUGAGGGCUGAUGAAAAUUUGCACUCAGAACUAGAAGAAGAUGUUAAAGAGGAAUGCACGAAGCUUGGACCUAUAGAUGCAGUCAAGGUAUGUGAUAAUCAUCCUCAGGGUGUUGUUUUGGUUAAAUUCAAGGACAGGAAAGGUGCUCAGGCGUGCAUAGAAUUGAUGAAUGGAAGAUGGUUUGGUGGCAGACAGAUACAUGCCAGUGAAGAUGAUGGUUUAAUUAACCAUGCCACGGUUCGGGAUCUAGAGGAAGAUGCUAAGCGCUUGGAGCAGUUUGGUGAGGAACUUGAAGGUGAAUGAGUUAGGAGAAUAAUAUUGAACCAGAUUCACAGUUCCUAAUGAAGUCCAGGCCUUGAAAUAUUGCAAGAACCCCGUAGCUCUUGGAUUACUAUGUCAUUGUCCUCACUUUUUGCAGUUGUGCAGAUCACAAUGAUAUAUUAGUUCUCUUGUAUCAUCGGAAAAGAAAAAGGAUAUUAUAGGAGAAAAUAACUUACUAAUUUGACUACCACAUCUUAUUUGGAAAAUUGCGACAUUCGGUACGUGCAGUAUCCAAAUCAUGAAUAUUAUGACACAAGACAGUGUAGUUAGAUUUGAACUGUUUGAUGAAUUUAAUUAAUAGCCGAAUGGUAGUUGCAUUCGAUAAUGAUGUUAUACAGCAUUAGAUGAUGGUAUUAUACUGUUGCAUUCCAUUGGAUGAUGUUGGUUGUUAUGAAAAAAAGCUGCAACUUGCCAUGGAACAUUAACGCCAUUGGUGGUGAUUGACCCUGUGAUGUGAGAUUAGUAUUGAUUUGAGAAAUAGAUUUUCUGCAGUUGCAAAUUUUGAUAA